GUGAAAGAGUGAACUCAUCGUUGAUUAAAAUCAGUAAACCACAAGGAUAUUGGGACUAUUUACUUGUAUAUAGGGCUUUGAUCUGGGGUAUUUGGUCUUAGAUUAAGCCACUGUAUACGGAUUGAACUUAGCCAUCCUGGAGAAUGGCUUCAAGUUGGGUAUAUAUACCAUAGGAUUAUAACUAUACAUGCUUUUAUGAUAAUUUUUUUUUUUGUUAUGCCCACAAGAAUUGGAGGAUUGGGAAACUGGUUUAUUCCAUUAAUGAUUAAGAUUAAAGACUUAUCUAUACCUCGAUUAAAUAACUUAAGAGUGUGACUAGCAUUAGGGUCUUUAUUUCUUAUGUGUAUGGCUUUUAUAAGGAGAGGAGGGUUAGGUUGUGGUUGAACUAUGUAUCCACCCCUAAGGAAUAGGGAGUUUAUAGAUGGAUUACCUGUUGAUUUGGCAGUAUUCUCUCUCCACAUAGCAGGGAUAUCAUCAAUUGCUGGAAGAAUUAAUUUUUUGGUGACUAUUUUUAAUAUGCGUAUAGGAGCUCUCUUUUUUAUGAGGUUGAACCCUAUGCUAAUUUGGACUCUGUUUGGAACAUCAAUUUUAUUGGUUACAUCAGUUCCUGUGUUGGCUGCAGGUUUAACCUUAUUAUUAUUAGAUCGGCAUUUUAGGACUAGGUUUUAUUACCCAGAGGGUGGUGGUGAUCCAAUCCUCUGGCAGCAUUUAUUUUGAUUUUUUGGACACCCAGAAGUUUAUAUUUUAAUUUUACCAGCUUUUGGGGUAAUUUCCCAUAUCUUAUGCCGUUCUUCGGCUAAGCUUCAUGUAUUUGGGAAAAUUGGGAUGAGAUGGGCUAGAAUAGGGAUUGCUUGAAUAGGAUUUCUGGUGUGAGGCCAUCAUAUGUUUGUAGCAGGUUUAGAUAUUGACACACGAGCUUAUUUUACAGCAGCUACUCUAAUAAUUGCAGUACCUACAGGCGUGAAAGUAUUUAAUUGGCUAGCUACAAUUUUUGGUGGCGUUUAUAGUUUAAAGCAUAGUCACCCAUCAACGUUUUGGGCAAUUGGGUUUGUUCUUUUGUUUACCAUUGGUGGAUUAACUGGUGUAAUUCUUGCUAAUGCAGCUUUAAGAACACUCCUUCAUGAUUCAUACUAUGUUGUAGCCCAUUUCCAUUAUGUCUUAUCGAUGGGUGCGGUUUUUGCUAUUUUUGGUGGCUUUUGAUUCUGAUUCCCAUUUUGAACUGGAAUAGUUCCACGAAAAGACUUAGUUUUAACUCAUUUUAUACUCACAUUCAUUGGAGUAAACUUUACGUUUUUCCCUAUACAUUGAAUAGGUCUAACGGGGAUACCUCGUCGGUAUCAAGAUUAUCCGGAUAUUCACAGAGUAUGGCAAGCCAUCUCUUCAACGGGUGGUUUCUGUUCUUAUCUUGCCAUAGGUUUAUUUAUCUCUGCUAUUUGGGAGGUUUAUCUUGUACAGCGUCCUCUUCUCUUUGCCUUCUUUGUUCGUUCUGAAUCUGAGUACUACGGAACAGGUGCAGGUGAAGGAAAUACAGUGUUACCUUGUGGUUCACAUACGAACGGUGAGAUGCCUAAGUUUGUUUGCUAUAAACACAAAGAAAAAAAGCCUUACUAUAUUUCAGCUAUUAUUUGACGAUUCUUAUCUAAAGAGUGAAAACCUCAAAAUAUUAAGUUUGCUUCACCAUUAGGUUUAUUUGGUGAACGGGUUGAUGAGUCUGAAGAGUAG